ACGACGGCAUGAGCGCGCGUGAAUGAUUAGUGAAGAUAAUUGACUCGAUUUGAUUAAUAAUGCAACUGAAUAUUAUCAAUGAAACGGAUUAUUUAAUCUGUGGUCAUACUGACAGAACAUAUGAAGCUCUAUAGGGGCGUUUAUCCAUAUUGUAAAUAUAUGAAACACAUUUGACGUGAUCUGUCUGUAAUAACGGUGUGCACUUGUGCUUCUGAGGGCCAAAUUACCUCGCUUAAACAGACUGUGACAUGGAAGAAGAUCUUGUACAGAACAUGGAGGACGAGGAUGAUGAAGAUGAGGACGAGAGGGUCUUUGAGUGGGAUGCGGGAGAUGAGGAGGACGCAGACUUCGACUGGCUGCAGGAGGAGCAGGAGGAGGCGUUUGCGUCCAGAGCGAGUCCAGCGGAGCGCAGCGGUCACAUCGCCGUCACCGACGGCUGCUGCAUGUUCGUCUGGGGAGGAUACAAGAAUGCAGAUGCUGAAGCUACUGAAUUUACUGACUUGUACUUGCCGAAGAAUGAAAUCUGGAUCUACAACAUGGAGACAGGAAGAUGGCGAAUGAAGCGCUCGGAGGGCGAGGUGCCGAACUCGAUGUCGGGCAGCUGCGGCUCCAGCGUGGACGGCGUUCUGUACGUGUUCGGCGGACACCAGGCCCGAGGAAACACUAACACAGUCUAUCGUCUGCCGCUGAGAGCGUCUGUGCUCCGCUGGGAGAAGAUGAGAGGUCUGACGGGCCUGGCGCCGACCUGCAAGGACAAGCUGGGCUGUUGGGUUCACAGAAACAGGCUGGUGUAUUUCGGCGGAUACGGCUACAUCGCGCAGCCCGGCCACAGAGGAACGUUUGAACUAGACGAGAACUCGUUCAUGGGCAAUCACGCAGGGCGAGGCUGGAACAAUCACAUACACAUUCUGGAUCUGGACACGUUGUCGUGGAGCCAGCCAAUCACAAAGGGAACCGCUCCGACGCCGCGGGCCGCUCACGCCUGCGCCACCAUCGGGAACAGAGGCUUCGUGUUCGGAGGCCGUUACAUGGAUCAUCGUCUGAACGACCUGCACUGCAUCAAUCUGGACACGUGGGAAUGGAGUGAGAUGUGUGUUCCUCAACACGGUCCCGUGGGACGCUCCUGGCACUCGCUCACCCCGGUGUCACCUGAUCAUCUCUUCCUGUUCGGCGGCUUCACGACUGACAGAGAAACUCUGAGCGACGCCUGGCUUUACUGCGUCAGCACGAACGAGUGGAGGCCGUUUGAUCACGAGCACACCGAUCGACCCAGACUGUGGCACACGGCGUGUUUAGGUGCAGACGGGGAAGUGUUUGUGUUCGGAGGAUGUGCAAAUAAUCUUCUCUCUCAUCAACAAGCGGCUCAUAGCAACGAAUUAUUGGUUUUCACGGUUCAGCCCAAAUCGUUGGUCAGACUCUGUACAGAUGUGGCCGUCCAGCACCGGAAACAGCUGGAGCACAUGUGGGACGUCCUGCCCAAAGCCCUGCUCCAUCGGCUCCAGCAGAGAACCAUGGGAGAUUCCUAGAGGACAAUCACAUGAAAACUAUGCCGCAGAGACUUUUAUGACGGGCUCAUUAUUGUAUCUCAUAAUGGAUUGGGAAAGUGAGACUUCAAUCUCAUGUAGCAGAAAGAUGAUUUAUUCCGCCGGACAAUACAACGACGACGCCCGAAUUGAUUUCAACGUUUUCAGAUACAUUUAUUAUUAACGGCCACAUCUACAUUAAAAACAUGUCACCAUCAAA